AUGGAGGAAUGGGGGUUAAGAAAGAUACUAGUAGAUAGUGGGAGCUCAGUCGAAGUACUCUUCUACGAUACGUUCAAAAGGAUGGAGUUGUCAGAUGAUAUACUCGUCCCAUCGACAUAUCGUAUCUACGGUUUUAAUGGGACCGUAACCAUCCUAAAGGGCGAAGUAACUCUAAGGGUAUCGGAUGGAGGUGGUUACCUAGAUACUUUAACCACAUUCUGCGUGGUUGAUGUCUCCUCGCCCUAUGAAGCUAUAAUCGGAAGACCAUGGAUUGCGGUAAUCAAAGGAGUGGCAUCGGCCUAUCAUCAAAGGCUACAAUUCCCAACGUACAAGGGGAUAGCUGAGGUCAUAGGAGAUCCACAGACAGCCCGACAGUGCAUGCAGGUCGAUGCCCAGAUAAAUGAGGAGCGGCGAGCACGACAAAGGGGAGAUAAGAAAAGGGCUAAAGAAGCCAAAGUCGCAGAAGAACUGGAAAGAGUUAUUUCGCAGGCAGUCAUGACUUACGAAGCACAAGGAAACGAGCCUUCAUAG